GAUUCCCCUUGAUUCUCGAACGUGCCAGCGCGUUGGCGGUGAUGAUGAUGGGUGAAGUGCGUAUGUGUGUAUGAGAGAGCGUGCUGUGUGUGUGAGAAAGAGAGCAAGAGGAGGAGGAGGAGGGCGGAUGCGGGGGUUCAGUUUAAAUAGGCAGCCUACUAUUGGACUGUCGAGAGGCACGCACGCUAUUGCAGAGGCGAUGCGUCUACUGGGCUGUUAUAUUACGCUGGAGAACUGACAAGGAGCGCUGUCAAACCACCGAACCACCGCUGGGAGAAGGGGGAAAUAUACGCGCUAACAUCAGUGAGGUCCAAGAGGCACCAUUUUACGUCUUUAAUCUUUGUGUGAAAUGAUAACGUUACAAUGGUUAAUACGUGUUCUUGGGGGGCCGUGUGUGUUUUUGGAUACUGAAGGAGAACAUGGAAGCGAUGUGUAUUUUCUCACGAGGCAGUCGACGUCCUCAUUACGCACUGCGAUUUAAAUAGUCCAUCAUCCUGUGUGACAUUUACGCGGAUCGAGAUCACGACUUACAAACACACUGGCCAGCAUCUGAUCCAGUGCUCCCGAGAGUUUACCUGCCUCUGAAGCAGCUAGAGCGAUGCUUCAGCAGAACAACAACAACAACUACCCGUGUCUGGACCGCGCCAUCCUCCAGGACAGCGGGAAGAGCGGCGUGCCGUUCGCCAGCCCCCUCGAGUUCGGCGACAUGUCUCUAAUCAAGACCCUGAGGGCGUGGGCCAGGAGCGGGAUGAGCGCCAAGGCCAGAGGCGGCUCGGCCCCGUUACAUCAUCACCUCGCCAAGUCGUGCCAACAAAGCAGCGGGUCGGGUCAGGGUCCAGGGGCGCCCCUGACUGGCAGGACGGGCCAUGCGAGAGUGGCGGGGGGCGGACAAGCAGGCCUGGGUGCGCUGGUCACGGUGGCGACCCUGAAGGCCUCGGAGGGGGGGCGACAGACGCAGACGCGAUGCCUGCUACUGAAGGCCGAGGGCCGCAACUACGUGUGUGCGGUCAGUGGUGCCAACCGGGGCGGCCCCGCAGGCCAGGCACCUCCGUCACGCGCCACCCUGGUAGGCAGCUGGCUGCGAGAGACCGUAGUAGGGUCAAAAGAGGUUUCUGGAGCAAAGAGCACGUCUCAGAAUGGACAGUGUGACGGAGAGGUGUUUCGAGUGAAGCCCAGGCCAGCGAAGAAGUGGCGGAAGCUGAGCAACUCCGCCGCCUCGUUCGCAGCGGGCGCCGAGACGGCUCCAGGCGGGCAGGAGCACGAUAGCAGCAUUCAAAAGCUGGAUGAAAGCCAGCAAAAGCAGCGGCAGGACGGAGCCAAAAGCAACUGUGCGAGCGCACGGCUGAACGUUCACGGGAGAAAACAAACCCGAGGCUCGGCACAGCGGGGGAACAGCAGGACUAAAGAGAGGAGAGGGCCCGCGAGGCCUGUGUCCAGACAGAACAGUUUACACGACACCGCCGUGCUGGCGAAGGAGAACGUGGACCUCAUUAACGUCCCCUGUGCCGAGCACUGCUCCCGAAGAGUAAAAGCCGACCCGAAGAAGACCUGGAGUGACUGCACCACUGGAUCUGAGUCUAAAGAGGUGGCCAACAGAGAUGUCACUGAGCCCAGUCUCCAAAUCAGCCAUUUUAAAGAGCCCCCUAACAGAGAGGAGGAAAACACCUCUCUUCACAACAGCUUAGGAGAGGUUGAGGAAGAGACCAUUAAGUCCCCAGAUAGAACUGGAGACACAGUGUGUAGUGUGAAGGAAAAAGAUCAGACAACAAAGCUGAGAGAUACAGAUCCAGCUGAGGAGGUUCUGUCCAGUAGAUGGGUAGACAGGAACCUCAGCCCAGAGAGACGCUGUUGCACUGAGUUGGGCCUAGAUAAACAACACUGCUGUUGUAAGGACUUAGACACAGAUUUCACAAACAGUAAAGACCUGCCUGAGCCAGGGCUCAUAGAUAAAUCAGAAGAAGAAAUAGUGGAUCUUAAUAGGCUGUCCUUGACAGAUAUAAAGCCCCCUUAUGGACAUCUGUGUGCGGAAAGGGACUCUGAACGAGGAGACGAGCUAGAUGGCAGAGUUGAGAAUCACCCCGAAUCAAAUCUCCUCAGCGCGUCUCCUCAGACGGAGAAGGAAGGGGCACCACAGGGGUUGGUGAACGUGGAGGCCAGAUCUGGGCAGAAUCCAGAUGAGGCUCACGCAGCAGAGGAUCAUGGGAAGGAGGGACAGCUCUCAGCAAGAGCUCUCAGAACCUUUCCACUUGCCAAGGAAGGAGGAGGAGGAGGAGGAGGAGGAGAAGGAAGCGGUGAGGAACAGAGGGACUCGGGGAUUAGAUCAACCGAUAACAAUCUCCCUUGGACAUGCCACUCCUGCUGUUACAGCCCCUGCCGCCGCCGCCGCCACCACUGCGGCUUCUGCUGUCGCACAUGCUCACCCUAA